AUGAAGAAUGUCACAAGCCAAGGAAGAUACCCAGUUGAGAGCUGCAUUUCACUUCCUCCAAAGAUCAGCUCUGCUGGCUUGUUGAGGGAAUUUGAGGACGAAAAUUAUAGUUGGCUCGAUUUUGCAUCUCCAAGACUUCAGUUGAUCCUGGCUGGUUUACUAUUAUCAGAAGCAGUACUUCCAAAGCAAUGGUCAGACGUUCUGAUGACUCAAGAUAAUGUACAAUUGCUUAGCACCUUAACAACCUUUGGCUAUACAUUUUUUGUGUUCAUAUGUGGAGUGAAAAUGGACAUCAGCAUGGUAACCAGGGUGGGAUCAAAGGCUUGUUAUCUGGCUUUAAUGUUGAUUCUCCCACCGAUGAUUUACACUGUCUCAAGCAUUGUUAUAAUGAGCAACAGCCAUAAAGAAUUCACCAGCAUCUUCUAUAUUUCACCAAUGUUUUACAUGACAUCUUUUCCAGUCAUUCAUGGCAUUCUCACAGACCUGAAAAUCCUUAACUCAGAACUUGGUAAACUAGCGGAAUCAGCCGCCAGUGUUGCUGACUUUCUUAGUUGUAUUUGUGUAUUUGGCGCCUCUGCUGCUUUAUGCACAAUUCAAGGAAUUCCUCCAUCUCUUUCUCCUCAAAUAGGACCAAUCAUGUUCAUUUUUAUCAUUAUGAUUGUGCUCAGACCAGUAAUGCUUUUGAUUGUGAAAUUAACCCCUGAAGGAAGGCAAUUAAAUCAAACUUGCAUUUAUGCAAUUAUAGUAAUGUUUCUCUUCAGUACCAGGCUCCUUCCUGAAGUUUUAAAUAAGAAUAUACCCCUUUUUGUCAUUUAUGCUAUUGGUCUAGCUGUCCCUCAUGGACCCCCAUUUGGAUCUUCCCUGGUGGAGAAAUUUGACUGCAUAGGUUCAGGGUUUUUGGUCCCAAUUUUUGUGACAACAUGUUCCAUGAGAUUACAAAAGUUAUCUCUUGAUUUCAAUAACGAUAUGGUAAAAAAACAUGUAAUCAUUUCUACUGUGACUUUGUUGGUGAAAUUUGUGUCAUGUUUGGGGCCAUUAUUGUAUCAGAAAAUGCAUAAAUCUGAUGCAUUUGCUCUUGCUCUCAUAUUGAGUGCCAAAGGAGUUGUUGAGCUUGCUGUCUACACAUUCAUGAGUGAUGGAAAGAUUUUGUCUCCGGAAGUAUUUCAUGCGGGGCUUGUUUUUGUCGCUAUCACUGCAAGCAUUGUGCCUGUUUUGGUGAGAAAAUUUUAUGAUCCUUCAAGGAAAUAUGCAGGCUAUCAAAUAAGGAAAAUCAUGGAUGCCAGGCCUGAUGAAGAACUGCAAAUUAUCACUUGCAUUAAUGUUCCAAACAAUGUCACAGCAGUCAUCAACAUGUUGAACAUUUCAUCUCCCACAAAGGAAACACCUUUAGUUGUUAAUGUUCUUCACCUUGUCAAGCUUAGCGGAGUUGAUGGCCCAAUUUUCCUUUCCCAUCAAAAGAGAAGCAAAAGCCUCAGUGGAUACUGGUACUCUGAAAAUGUCAUACUUUCCUUCAAGAAAUUUGAGGGAAAUCAUUGGGGAGCUGUAACAUUGAACGCCUUCACAGCUAUCUCUCCACCAGAGUUCAUGUAUGAUGAUAUUUGUUCCCUUGCACUUGACAAGCUUGUCUCUCUUAUCAUCCUCCCAUUUCAUAAAACAUGGUACAUUGACGGCUCACUCGAAUCCGAAGACCAAACCAUCAGGAAUCUAAACCAAAGAAUCCUGGAAAAAGCUCCUUGUUCUGUAGGAAUCCUCAUUGAUCAUGGCAACAUAAGACGUCCUGACUAUUCAGAUUCGCAAGCACAAUCAUACUCUGAGGUUGCUAUGCUAUUCUUUGGUGGCAACGAUGAUCGUGAGGCGUUGACACUAGCUAGAAGAAUGGCUAGAAACACCAAAGUCAGGCUUACAGUAGCACAAUUUAUUGCCAAGAGUGAUGAUGAGGAAGUAGACUGGGAAACAGUGCUUGAUUCUGAGGUUCUUAAGAAUGUUAAGAGCAAUGAUUAUGCCAAUUACAUUAAACACAUUGUAAAGGAUGGGCGUGAGACAGUGAAAAUUAUUCAUUCAAUGGUUGACAAAUUUGAUCUCAUGAUUGUUGGGAGAAGACACAACACAGAAGAUCCACAAACUUCAGGGCUCAAAGAAUGGAGUGAGUUUCCAGAGAUUGGAAUUAUGGGAGACUUGCUUGCUUCAAAAGAUUUAUCUGGGAAAUGUUCUGUCUUGGUUGUGCAGCAACAACAUACAGUUUAAUUAGUAUGUUCAUUAUUAAUUAGCCAAGCCAAGAAUCAUAUAGAUUCAGAAAUUCCAGUAAUAAUUUUGCACGAAACAGUAUAUCCCUUGGUUCAUAUUUAGUUGUAAUAUCCUAGGU